ACCUGCAGGCCCAGGAGGCUCCCAAGUAUCGAUUCCGCAAGAGGGACAAGGUCAUGUUCUAUGGCCGAAAGAUCAUGCGCAAGGUGUCCCAGUCCACCUCUUCCCUGGUGGGCACAGCUUCCUCCUCGCGCCCACGACUUAAAAAGAAGCAGAAAAUGCUCAACAUUGCCAAAAAGAUUCUGCGUUUUAAGAAGGAGGUGCCCACCCUGGUAGCUAAGGAGCCUCCUCCCUCAGUGCUGGAGGCCGACCUCACAGAGUUUGACGUGGCCAACUCCCACCUGCCCUCUGAGGUGCUCUACAUGCUAAAGAACGUCCGUGUGCUGGGCCACUUUGAGAAGCCUCUGUUCCUGGAGCUGUGUAAGCACAUGGUGUUCCUGCAGUUCCAACAGGGAGAGUACGUGUUCAGACCGGGCCAGCCUGACAGCAGUAUCUACGUGGUGCAGGACGGAAAACUGGAACUGUGCCUUACUGGAAUGGACGGCAAGGACGGUGUGGUGAAGGAGGUGUACCCCGGAGACAGUGUCCACAGCCUUCUCAGCAUCCUGGACGUCAUCACUGGACACCAGAAGCCGUACAGGACGGUGUCGGCGCGGGCGGCUGAGGUGUCCACCGUACUGCGUCUACCUGUCGAGGCUUUCCUCUCCAUCUUUGAGAAGUACCCUGAGACCCUGGUGCGGGUUGUCCAGAUCAUCAUGGUUCGUCUCCAAAGAGUAACAGUUCUGGCGCUGCACAACUACCUAGGGCUCACCAACGAGCUCUUUAGCCAUGAGAUGCAGCUCCUGCGCCUGCUGCCCCUGUCCCCCCACCCCGUGCCCCGCACCAGCCCCCAGCGCCACGGCAAGCGUUUCGGUAGCCUGACCGUGCCCAUGGAGGACCGCGAGGCCGCCGUGAAGGACGGACCAGAUCCUGGGAAGGAUGGAGCCACAGUCCCACCAACCCUCAGCAGGACCAUCUCCAUGCCUGUAGACAUCGCUGGCAUGCAGAAGAAUCUGCGGUCGGAUUUCGACAUGGCCUACGAGAGGGGACGGAUCUCAGUCUCCGCUGAGGACGGCAACACACCACCCACCUAUACACGGGACCAGCGAGAGAGGAGGGUGACCGUAGACGAAGUGCCGUCGGGGGUGUACCUGUACCCCGAGGAGGAGGUGGGUCUGGACAACCAGUUCUCACCAGGACCAGGACCCGUCCCCGGUCGCCCCAGCGCUGCCCUGUUCGAGGAGGCCCUAAAGGAGCUCCUCAAACUCAUGAGGAUAGAGGACCCUGCUCUGCUGAAUGGGAGAGUGACUCUGCACCAUGCCAAGGCAGGAACUGUGCUGGCUAGACAAGGAGACCAGGAUGUGAGUCUCCACUUCGUCCUGUCCGGCUGUCUCCAUGUGUACCAGCGGAUGAUAGACAAGCAGGAUGCAGUGUGUCUGUUUGUCACCCAGCCGGGUGAGAUGGUGGGCCAGCUGGCCGUGCUGACUGGAGAACCCCUCAUCUUCACCAUCAAGGCCAACAGAGACUGCACCUUCCUCAAGAUCUCCAAGUCGGACUUCUACGAGAUCAUGAGAGAACAGCCCAGUGUGGUUCUGAGUGCAGCCCACACCGUAGCCAUCCGCAUGUCCCCCUUCGUCAGACAGAUGGACUUCGCCAUAGACUGGAUGGCUGUGGAGGCCGGCAGAGCCCUCUAUAGGCAGGACGACCAGUCGGACUGCACCUACAUAGUUCUGAACGGGCGUCUACGUUCUGUUAUACGUAAAGCUAACGGGAAGAAGGUGCUGGUAGGAGAGUACGGUCGAGGAGACCUCAUAGGAGUGGUUGAGGCUCUGACCCGACAGCCCAGAGCCACCACGGUCCACGCAGUCAGAGACACAGAGCUGGUCAAGCUACCAGAGGGAACGCUCAACAACAUCAAGAGGAGGUACCCUCAAGUGGUCACCAGGUUGAUCCACCUGCUGGGACAGAAGAUCCUGGGGAACCUGCAACAGGCUCACGGACCAUUCUCAGGUUCUGCCCUUGGCCUGUCCAGCGUAGCGUCCAGCCCUGACGUCACCAACCCGGCCAGUAACCUGUCCACUGUGGCCGUACUGCCCAUCUGUGACGAGGUGCCAAUCAACGCCUUCAACCUGGAGCUUAGCCACGCCCUCAGUGCCAUAGGACCUACCCUGCUGCUGACCAGUGACAUCAUCAGAGAGCGACUGGGGGCCUCCGCUCUGGAUAGUAUCCAUGAGUACCGUCUGUCUGGCUGGCUGGCCCAGCAGGAGGACAUCAACAGGAUAGUCCUGUACCAGACAGACAGCAGCAUGACUCCCUGGACCCAGCGCUGCAUCAGACAGGCUGACUGCAUCCUCAUCGUGGGCCUGGGGGACCAGGAACCUGCACUGGGACAGUUAGAGCAGAUGCUGGAGAACACAGCGGUGAGGGCCCUGAAACAGCUGGUGCUGCUCCAUAAAGAGGACGGCUCGGGGCCCUCCAGGACCGUAGAGUGGCUCAACAUGAGGAGCUGGUGCUCCGGACACCUCCACCUCCGCUGCCCCCGCCGGGUCUUCUCACGACGCAGUCCCUCAAAACUGAGGGAGGUGUAUGAGAAGGUGUUUGAGAAGACAGCGGACAGACACAGUGAUUUCUCUCGACUGGCCCGGGUCCUGACUGGGAACAGCAUCGCUCUGGUGCUGGGAGGAGGGGGAGCCAGAGGCUGCUCCCACGUGGGACUGAUCAAGGCCAUGGAGGAGGCAGGGAUUCCCAUCGACAUCGUGGGCGGGACGUCCAUCGGGUCGUUCAUCGGGGCGCUGUACGCCGAGGAGAGGAGUGCGGUGCGCACCAAGCAGAGAGCCCGCGAGUGGUCCAAGGCCAUGAACUCCGUAUUCAAAACCAUCCUUGACCUGACCUAUCCCAUCACCUCAAUGUUCACUGGAGCCGCCUUCAACACCAGCAUCUCCAAAGUGUUCCAGGACAAGCAGGCUGAGGACCUUUGGUUGCCCUACUUCAACGUGACUACUGACAUCACAGCGUCCGCCAUGCGUGUGCACCAAGACGGCUCGCUGUGGCGCUAUGUUAGAGCGAGUGCCUCCUACACCCCCUACUUACCUCCCCUCUGCGACCCCAAGGAUGGCCACCUGCUUGUGGAUGGUUGCUAUGUUAACAAUGUCCCAGGGUCACUGUGGCGCUAUGUGAGGGCGAGCAUGACCCUCUCAGGGUACCUGCCGCCCCUCUGCGACCCCAAAGAUGGAAACUUGCUUAUGGACGGGGGCUACAUCAACAACCUGCCAGCGGACAUCGCAAGAAACAUGGGCGCCAAGACGGUCAUCGCCAUCGACGUAGGUAGCCAGGAUGAGACGGACCUCUGUAACUACGGCGACAGCCUGUCGGGCUGGUGGUUGCUGUGGAAACGGAUCAACCCCUGGGCGGAGAAAGUGAAGGUUCCAGACAUGGCAGAGAUCCAGUCCAGGCUGGCCUAUGUGUCGUGUGUACGUCAGCUGGAGGUGGUUAAGAAGAGUGCCUACUGCGAGUACAUCAGACCACCCAUCGACCGCUUCAAGACAAUGGACUUCGGCAAGUUUGAUGAGAUCUACGAUGUGGGCUACCAGCACGGUAAGCUGCUCUUCACCGGCUGGGCCCGUGGUGACAUUAUCCACAACAUGCUCAAGGACCACCGCUCGGCAGACUACAACGACAGCAAGACUAAGACGGACUCCUGUACGUGUCCAGGAUCCGACUUCACUGACCUGGCUGAGAUAGUGUCCAGGAUUGAGCCGGUCCAGACCUACGUCGAUCCUGACACUGAUGCUGCUGAGGCGGGGGACGAGUCGGACUGCCUGACGGAGUAUGAGGAGGACGGGAUGGACACGGUGAGAGAAGAGGAAGAGGAAGAGGAGGAGGAAGAGGAAGAGGGGGAACAGGAACUCGAUGACCACUCCCCCGUAGAGUGGGACCAGAACGGAGUCUUCCAGGUGGAUGAGGAGAAGUCAGUCCGCCAGCGGUGGAAAACAGAAGGUGACUCCAACACCUACUCCGAGCUCUCCGACUGCUGACAGGAGGAGGGAAACAUUAGAAAUAGAGACUUUGGGUCCAAGAACUAUGAGGAAGUGAGGAAAGGAGAGAUAAGAGUCAGGCUCUGGGUCCAAAAACUGAGGUGGAGGUGGAAGAUGAGAGUUGUAUGUCGGGCAACUUCUGCAGCUACUGUAGCUUAAGAAAAGUUUUUUUUUUUUAAGGGAGUAGACUUCAUUUACAUUUUAGUCAUUUAGCAGACGCUCUUAUCCAGAGCG